CUGCAAGAUACAACAUCCUUACUGAGACCAGGUAAAGGGUAGAAACCCUCAUCAAACACCUAGUUGAAACUAGUAGUUAUUGGUUGAACAAGUUUAAAAUCUGUACCAUUCAACAGAAGAAUCCAGCACUUGAACCAAAUAAAGAAACAGAUUGUAGUUACAUUGAAAACAGACCAACCAACCAAACUACCUUUUCUGAAAUUGGAACUUGAAAGCAGCUACCAGCAUAAAGAAUUCCAGAAUCUGAAAGCGACAAAACAGUAACAAAAUGUCUUCCUUAUCAAAAGAUACAGUAGAAGAUAUCCGUGAAGUUUUUGAUUUAUUUGAUUUCUGGGAUGGCCGUGAUGGUGAUGUUGACGCAUUCAAAACUGGCGACAUGUUGAGAUGUCUUGGUUACAACCCAACCGAAACCUUUGUCAAGAAAAAUGGCGGUACCAAAGCUAUGGGUGAGAAGGCUUACAAACUAGAAGAAUUUUUACCAAUCUACGAAAGUGCCACGACUCUCAAGGACACUGGCACCUUCGCUGAUUUCAAAGAAGCUUUUAAAACUUUUGAUCGUGAAGGUCAAGGUUUCAUCUCAUCUGCAGAAAUGCGACAAGUUUUGGUUUCACUGGGUGAUAGGAUGACAGAUGCAGAAGUAGACGAGAUCAUCAAGUUUACAGACACGAGAGAGGAUCUAGAAGGAAAUAUCAAAUAUGAGGAAUUUAUUCAGAAGAUUAUGGAUGGUCCAAAUUAAUGGUGGAAAUCAGAAAUUUUAAAAUGGUGGUGAAAUUUUGACUGAGAAAAAACAUUUGAUUCUAAUUUGUGAAAGUUUCGUAUGCUUCAAAUUAAAACAAAGUGAAUGAGGAAUUGAAACAUCUGGUAUAAUUGAAAGUAUUAAAAGCAGAAAGGUGAAAUUUUGUUCCAUUUCUAUUUUGAGUAAAGUAAUUUGUGAAAUUAAUGUUAGUAGAAUUUGUGUUCUCAAAAUUGGAGAAAUAGAAAUUUAAUUUUUGGAUGAAUUAGGCAUAUUUUUUGUGAAAUUAAUUGAAAAUGGUUAGGACUUAUUUGCUGGAAUAAUUAUUAUAUUGGUAUAUUAAUAGCAGAAUUUCUUAUAAUAGAAGAAAUAUUUGAAUUUAUUAAUUCAGUAAUAUGCCAGCUUCAGGGGAAGUGAUCUCCAUCAAAUUCAAUUUCAGAGAUAAAUUGGUAGGCUAUUUAAUUCUCUGUCAAAACCACAAACAUUUUCUGUCAUUAUUUAAUUAUUAUUUAUGAUGUAUUUAUUUCAAUAAAACUUUGAUUAAUCUUGAUGUUUGAUUAUUCAUUGGAUAAAUUCCCAAUUCUGAU